UCCCCAUCACUGAUCGAGUAAAUGAGGAGGUGGAGAUGAUGAUGAGGAACUGCUUUAGUGACUUCCCUUUUCUACUUCAAGAUGAAAUCUCUUCAGAUGACGGUGUUGAGAAAAGUAAUAAAUGGGAGACAUUUGCAGAGAGAGAAUAACGUGACCGUGUUGAAGUACUACUCUGUCAGUUACACGGCACACACAGUUAAUCGACAAACAACAAAACUGCCUUUGUAAUGGGAGUGAAUUUAUGCUUCUGGAUUCUUGGUCUCUACCUGGCCCUACCUUUGGAAGGGAUAUGUCUUCCACUCUAUCAAACAGGGCAUAACAUUACUAAGAUUGGAAGUGGCUGUUCUGAUACAGAUGAGUGUGUGGAAGAUCCCUCCAUCUGUGGGAACCAUUCUACUUGCUUCAACACCCUUGGUAGCUACCACUGUCAGUGUCAUCCUGGGUUCGAAUCUAGGAUCACUUAUUUCACUUCUGCAGAUGGAGGAUGUACAGACGUAAAUGAGUGUAUAGGGGCUGGGAACAAAUACCCCUGUGGCGAGAUUGGAACCUGCUGGAAUCUGGAGGGCAGCUACAGGUGUCAUUGUCCCCCUGGAUUCACUACCUAUGGCAACAACCAAUCUAAGUCAAGGUGAGAGAAAUGCUUGUUCUACCUUUUCAUUUUCUGCUGACCUCAGUUGUCUUCGCUUGUGGCCAUCUUUUGAAACCUCCACCCAGCCUACCAGUUACCAGUUUCGCAAUCACGAUGACCGGCCUGAUGUAUUGUGUUGUAUUUGUACGAUCUGAGGUCAUCUGCAUUCAUGGUUUUCCUUUAGAGCUGAAUUGUGACCCUUUUGCAACUCAGAGUACACCUGAACAGACUCUACCAGGUUUUGACAGCCUCUUGUCUCUCCUGAGAAACAACUGUUUGGUGUUGAGUAACUCCUCUGGGUUGGCUGGAGCUACAGAAAAGACUGGAGAGGCGCUUUUGACAGUCCUGGCCAAUGUCACUGCUGUUCUUCAACUCCAGUACAAUGGUCAAGGUGGUAACAGCGGUAAAGUGACUACGCUACUGAGGACAGUAGAAAACUCUAUCAGACUGAUUGCUCCACAGCUGAGAGAAAAUGUGAGCAGGAUAAAUACAAGCCAUACAGAGGUAGAAGUUGUGGUGAGGAUGGACAGGACACCACCCCGAGGACCAGUCAGACUGACGAAUGAAAACAUCCAACUUGACACCACCUGGGAGACGGCGAUCGGAGAUGACACAAAUUACCCAGGAUUUGGGUUUGCCAUUUUGCUCAGCUACAAGAGUCUGCAGACUUUGACCAACAGCUCUGAGCAGCUCUCCUCCAGAGUGGUGACUGUAUCUGUUAGCAACCCCAACACAACAAACCUGUCUGAACCUAUCAUUCUCACCUUCAAUCACUUGAAGUCCAGUGAUGCGAAUACCACCUGUGUUUAUUGGUCAGAGGAUGGUGAGGGGGUGUGGUCAAUCCAGGGCUGCACCUCAGUGAUGUCCAACUCCACCCACACUGUGUGCUCCUGCACCCAUCUCAGCAGCUUUGCCCUGCUCAGGGGAAUCCAAGAGAAUAAGAAAUGCAGACAGUUGCCGUUGGUGAUGUGGGCGGGCGCUUCCGUGGCGCUGGCUUGUGCGGUCCUAUCCCUGCUCAUGACCCUGUGGUGUCGCUUUAUCAGCAAAAAGAGCAAUGGAGGGAGCCGACCAGAACAGCAUUUUAACCUCUAAAGCACCUCAAUUUAGACAGCAGGGAUUUCUAAAAUCUCUCUUUCCUGUGUUUUGUAUAUAAUCCCACCCUAUGUCAACUGUUAGAAAAUGUAAAUAUGAAGUUUCAGUUUCUACCUCAGUCAAUUGAUAAACAUGAUUUCAUGAAAUAUAUAAAUGUAUUUUGAAAUGAUAGAUUAUUGAUUGUUCUCGAUUCCCAUCAAUGUCAAUUUACUUUUAUCUCUGUUCAAUUGUACGUAGACGAGCUUACCAUACAGUAUUAUUGUACAAGUUUAAAUAGCAGCUCUGUUGUAAUCAAAGGAAGGACGUACAUGUUUGUUCAUGAAAGACGGAACACACACCUUUACGCUCACUGUGUAUACGGUACACGUAGAAAGGGACAAACUGCACAUGCGUACCUACAUUACAUACAUACUGUAAUGUGGCCUAUGAUCGGCGGCCUGGAGACCAGUUCAAGUGCAUCAGGCAGAUUGCGUGAAAACAUGAAACGAUGAGAACAAAACAGCAACCCUCUUCAAUAUUUCAGGCUUCCUAAGUAGGAAAGCUCAAAUUAGAGUGCUGCGUAGUAAAGCUCAAGUCCAUCAGCAGCAGGUUCCUAAAACCUGGCUUUCCUGAAACGGGUAGGUGAAGAACAGACGGUCCAGGUUGAGUUUCUGUUUUGGUUAGAACGUCAGAGAAUGAAAAGUAUCUUUAAAAGGUCCCGAACAGUCAAAAUCAUGUUAAUCAUCAAAUUGGAUGACUUGGAUUAAACCCUAUCAGAGUAUGACAAACGACUGUCGCCGGUACAGUGAUAAAGUUAGAUCAUAAAGUGACUUGCUUCCUCUAUGUCAAAAUCUUGAAUUCAGGAAUCCAGAUACUAUUUGCUUAUUGGGGAUCGGUGAAACAUCACAUUUAGCCGCUCAUUUUAAUACACCAAUCGUAACGUCUUAUUCUCAUACCUUGUUUAAAUAAGUACUGCCUUGUAACCAUCAUUGCAGAAGACGUGUUCGCAAAGGGACGUGGUUUACAUAGCUAGCUAGACUACUUGUGUCAAAAUUUGACUCCAGGCUGUUAUAGGUUUCUCCUAUUUAUCUGUGGCAAAUAUACUUCUAGGUUUUCACUUUCAUCUGUAUCUGGUGUUAGCUAGUUACUGGCCAGCAUGGGGGAAGAAAUUAUGUUUGGAACUCCGACUCAGUUGUCAUGUCAGUGCUGCUAUGAACUGCAACAGAAGAGACAUGCCAAACGAUGUAUACAAAAUUAUUGACAUCAAGGCAUGGUUUAUGUACAUGGUCUGGCAGUCAGCAAAUGUAAUUGAUGAAGUCAACCCAGGCUUUUCCCAACCAGUUUCAACUGAAAUUGUCCAACAUGAACUGAGACAGGAUGUUGUCUAUCGAUGUGGUUACAAUAACCAAGCAGUUGGAUAGACAAAUAAUUUGUGAAACCGUGAUGUAUGACAGGAUUGGAAUCUUGUUUGAGUUGAGCUUUGUGUAUCAGCACAUUUGCUUGAGAUGAUCUCACUGCUGAUCUCACAGUAUUGCAUCUAAGUUGCCGUCAAUCAAGGUGAGCUCCCCACCCACUCAGACUGGUCCUUCGGCCUUACUGAUAGUUGGAAAUGAGAGAAGGUCAAUUCUGAGCAUUUCAUUCUGGGGGGGGGGGGGGGUUAUUAUGGGUGAUGUUUUAGUCACUCAAACGCUAUUUUCUUUGGGAAAUAUAUGACUGCUGGACCUUUUAAGCUUAUGAUUUCCGAUUUUGUAACUGGGGUUAUACUCGAAAGCUCAUGUGUAUCAGUUAUUUUUGUUAUGUGACUGGAUGGCUUUAACCCUUUAUCUCCGUUCCCCUAAUGUUGAUAGAGCAACUGAGUAGCUGUAGUUACGCAUUCUGCUGUUAAAUGAAAUACUGUACAUAUCCUCACAAAUGAAAAGUAUGAUUGAGAAAGGGAGGAAACACAAGAAUAGAUCAAAUGAUAAAUAUUAACAGAGAGUGUGUGAGAAGUCUUGCCAUAGAUUUUCAAAUAGAUUUAAGUCGGAAGUGUAACUAGGCCACACGGGGACAUUUAAUGUCGUCUUGGUAAGCAACUCAAGUGUAUAUUGGUCCUUGUGUUUUAGGUUAUUAUCCUGCUGAAAGGUGAAUUUGUCCCCCAGUUUAUGUUGGAAAGCAGGGGUUGAAUACUUAUUGACUCAAGACAUUUCAACUUUUCAUGUUUUAUUAAUUUGUAAAAAAUUCUAAAAACAUAAUUCCACUUUGACAUUAUGGGUAUUGUGUGUAGGCCAGUGAAACAAAAUCUAAAUUUUACCAAUUUUACAUUUAAGCUUUAAUACAACCCCCCAAAAAUACAUGUUGUGACUAGUUUCUGGAGGCACUGUAUAUACACAGUAUAUAAACACUGAGUG